AUGUUAGAUGCAAAAAAAACUUUGGCAUCGGGAGGUGAAGGCGGUGGCAGCAAAACAGACAAGAUGCAUACUACUUUAAAUCCUCUCGAGACCUUUAAGAAACGCGAGGCUUUACAAUUCACCUCCAAUGAGAUCGAGGAAAAUCGAGAAGAUAGAUUGCCAGUAAAGAAGAAAGUAGCCACACGUGAGACAACUUGUCUUCUCAAGAAAUGGCUCUACGAGCAUCGCAAGAACCCCUAUCCCACCAAAGAGGAAAAAGCUAUGCUGGCCGCAGUGACACGCAUGAAUCUAACUCAAGUAUCCACCUGGUUUGCCAACGCAAGACGACGUUUGAAAAAGGAGAAUCGAUUGACUUGGAAUGCUACGAAUCGAACACUUCCACCACAUCUCUCGCCACCAUCACCAUCGACAACCUUCCAACCUCUACCCCCGAUGUUCUGGAACGAGGAUUGGAGCAUUGCUAGAACUCUCACUAGCCAGGUCCAUUCCAUUCUGUGGUCCCAAGUAGUGAAAGAUACCAGAUCUCGCGUGACAACAAAUGGAUUUGAAAAAGAGGUGGUUUUGGAACCAACUUCAAUGCCACCAUCUUCACCACCUCCACCUCCUCCUCCACCUUCUUCGACAAAAAUCUGGUCACUGGCAGCACUUGUGGAGGAACGGCCGCCUUGCAAAGAACCCUCUAGUGGCAAUAACUGA